AUGGGAUCUUGCUCCAAUUUUCUGGAAGUUCUGGAACGUGCGGCAACGGAAAAACCGUCAUUGGACCUGUUUGCUAUGAUAUUAGCGGAAAUCUGGCAGCGCCGAAACAGAGCUCGUGUGGGAGAGCCUACUGUAUCGGUUUGCCAGGUUGCUUUUAAGGCCACUUAUGCGCUUCAAGAAUUCCAGCAGCUCCGCCCCAUUCAUGCUGUGAUACCAAGAACAGCCCGUGCAGUAAAAUGGAGGCCUCCCUCUGCGCCAUGUGUGAAGGCGAACUUCGACGGUGCUAUCUUCUCCCAAGAUGGACUAGCUGGCGCCGGCGUGAUAAUCCGAAAUGAGCAAGGAUUGGUUAUGGCUGCUUUAUCACAACAAAUUCCAUCACCUGCUUCGGUGGAGAUGGUGGAGGUGUUAGCGGCUCGUCGGGCUCUGGUUUUUGCUAAGGAACUUGGGUUUGACAAGAUGAUCUUGGAGGGUGACUCUGAGAUAGUUAUCAAGGCUAUUCUUGGUGACAAUAUGGACUGCUCUUAUAUGGGUCAUGUACUGCAGGAUAUUAAGUUCUUGUUUUCUAGUUUUUCUUUUAUUUCAGUCAAGCAUAUUCAUAGGGAAGGGAAUUGUGUUGCCCACAAACUUGCUAGACGGGCUAUUAGAGAUCCUUUUCUUGUCUGGAUGGAGGCUGUUCCUCCAGAUAUUUUUGAUGUUUAUCAACUUGAUCUUUUGAGGAUGCAUUAA